UACUCGAUUUAAAUUAGUUUAUUAAAAGAACACAAAGCAGCCCUUCUAAGAUUAUGGGUUUAACAAAGCCCAGAGUUUGCAAUUUCAUGAUAAAUGGGAAUUAAUAAACGGAAAGGUAAGAAGAAAGCAGGAAUGGGGAAGGGAAAGGUUGUAGUGGAGAAGGUGAGGGGAAAGUCAACAGUAACAAGAAGCUUCUCAAAUUAUCCACUUAAACUCAUUUUCCCCAGAAAGGUGGGUCCUUCCGAAACCGAUGCUGUCUGGAUUUACACCCUCACCUAUGGCGGUGGCAUUGUCUCGGGAGAUUCUAUUUCAGUUGAAUUUACAAUCGGAGAUGGCUGCACUUCUGUUCUUACUACCCAAUCCUCCACAAAGGUCUACAAGUCAUUGGGAUCCAAGUGUUCUGAGCAAUUCUUGGAGGCAAGAAUUGGUAGUGGUGCUCUACUCGUAGUCAUUCCGGAUCCAGUCACAUGUUUUUCCACCGCAAGAUAUUCUCAGAAACAGGUGUUUAGGUUGGUGUCUGACUCAAGUUUGGUCGUUGUAGAUUGGUUUACCAGUGGUCGUCAUGAAAGUGGGGAGAAAUGGGAUUUCGAACUUUAUCGGAGCACCAACUACAUAUUUGAUGAAGGCAAUCGACCUGUAUUUCUCGACACUGUAUUGCUAGAACAAUGUAGCCCUGUGAAUAUAGCGGAACGAAUGCACGAGUACCAAGUCAUAGCAAUGAUGAUAAUCUAUGGCCCAAAGCUGAAGUUUGUUCAAGACCAAGUUCAAGAGAAUGUGAAGAGGCUGAUGUCUCAGCAAUUACACAUUCCUUCGACCAACACGGGGUGUCGUGCUAAAACAAACUCGGAUAAUUUUUCCAUCAGGCCAGCUUUUAUCGCAUGCUGCAGUGCCUUUGGUCCUAAGGGAAUGGGUGUUGUUGUUCGCAUAGCUUCUACGACAACUGAGGCAGUUUAUAGGUUUCUGCACCAUCAGUUGGCUGGGAUGGAGCCCCUUCUCGGUGUAUCACCCUAUUCUUGAACAAAUAUUGUCAUUUCAUUUGAAUUUCAAGCGCAAUUGUCUCCUG